AUGCUGAAUGCCUCGGCCUCCCUGGUGCUCUCUCUCUCUGGCUUUUCCUUCUCCGCCCCCCAGAGGGCGCUGUUGUUCUGCUGUGUGCUGCUGUGGUAUCUGCUGAUCGUGGCGGCAAACGUGAUACUGGUGGCGCUGGUGGCGGCGCACAGAGCGCUACACGCUCCCAUGUACGUGUUUAUGUGCAGCCUGUGUGUGAACACUUUGUACGGAACCCUCGGCUUCUAUCCUAAGUUCCUGUGGGACCUGCUGCGCUGCGGUGCGGCCUGCAGCGUGUCGUACGGCGCCUGCCUGCUGCAGGGUUACGUCAUCCACUCGUCCAUGUGCGGCGAGUUCUCGGUGCUGACGCUCAUGGCCUACGACCGUUACGUGGCCAUCUGCCGCCCGCUCUCGUACCGUGCCGAGAUGACGCGCAGCCGCGUUCUGCUGCUGCUGCUGCUGUCGUGGCUUGUGCCGUUGCUAGCCAUGUUCCUGAACACAGCAACGGUCAUGGGGCGCGCUCUGUGCGGUGUGCGCAUUCAGCGCCUGUACUGCGUGAACUGGAUGGUCACGCGGCUGACCUGUGAGCUGCCGCUGGAGAACGUGGCGGUGGUAUAUUUCAACAUGAUCUUUUACUUCGCUCACUUCCUGUUGGUGCUGGGUUCGUACGUGUGCGUGCUACGCGCCUGCGUGAACAGCCGCGACAGCAGCGCACGCUUCUCCAACACCUGUGUCCCACACCUUGUCAGUCUGGUAAGCUUCACCGCCUCCGUGCUCUUAGACCUGCUCUACAUGCGCUUUGGCUCCGCCCACAUCUCGCAGCACGCCGCCAACUUCUUCACCAUCGAGUUCCUGUUGGUUCCUCCGCUGCUGAACCCUCUGAUCUACGGCCUCAAGCUGAGCAAGGUCCGGCACGCGCUGACGCUGAUGCUGCGGCUGCAGGACAAGGCAGAGGGGAGGGGUCCACAGGGGAGGGGCUCAGAGGGGAGGGGUCCACAGGGGAGGGCCGUGGAGUGA